AUGAUUGAAGCAGCUGAUAUCGUAGCUAUGCUAUCUGAACGAGUCUCAAAAAGAGAUACUUAUCAACCAAAAGGAAAUAAACAAAUUCAAGAGCUCAUCGAGUAUCUUUUUGAAACUAUUCAAAUUUUCUUGUCUACCUCAUCGUUCGAAAUUUACGAUGAAUCUACACUUGAUCAAAUCGAUUCAUCGGAUAAGUUCUCAGGAAAUGAGUCUCAAGUAAGUGAAGACAAUCAAGAGUUAGAAUCCGAAGAAGAAAUAGAAGAUAAUGAGGAACAAAUGGACUCAACAGAAGAAGAAGAAGAAAAUGAUGAUAAGCAACCAACACGCAAAUUUUCUCUUGAUUACAUGAAACAAGUGUUAGAUUAUUACGAUGAAGUCGACUAG